AUGGAGCAUUCUCUCUCUUUUCUAUGUAUCUCUUGUCUUUUUCUACACUUUUUAUGUUACUCUCUUUUUUCUUCUGCUUAUCUCACGCUCUCUCUCUCUCUCACUCUCUUUCUUUCGCUUCUAUUUCUCUCUUUUUGCAUUCACUCUGAUUAUAUAUUUAUUCUUUCUCUUUUAUUUAUCUCUCCCCCGCCCACAUUCUUUUUAUCCCACUUUUUGAUAUCCUUUCUCUCCCUCUUUCUCUCUCCAUCUCCCACUGUUUAUAUCUCGUUCUUUUAUAUAGCUGCCCCCCAUUUUCGAUAUGUCUCUCUUUUCUAUCUUUUUCUCUCUACCACACACAUUCUAUCUUUUUUCUUACUGUCUUUGUACACACUCUUUCUCUCUCCCACAUUCUCUCCAUUCUCUCUGUCCCAUAAUCUUUAUAUAUGUAUCUUUUUCUCACUCCUUCUCUAUACAUCUCUCUAG